CUUUCCUCCGCUGCUUUCCUAUUCCCUUCCCCGUCCGCUCCACACCACUCUCGGUCUCGCGGUCCCGGCCUUUGCGGCUAGUCGGCGACGACAAGGGCGAGCGGCCACCCUCGGCCCUGGUCUUCGUCGGGCGCUUCGCCGCCGACAAGAAUCAGACAGUGUCCAGAUGAGUUCGAAGAAGGUUCCGUACCACAAGCACCGAGAGGCUGAGGAGGCGAGGAAGAAGAGGGAGGAAGAUGAAGCGGCACGCGUAUAUGCGGAAUUUGUCGAGUCAUUCAAGGGUGAUAGCUCAUCUGGGGCUAAGUUUGUCCGAGGUGGUGUGAUCGACCCCAAUGCUAAGCUGAAGGCCGAUCCUGAAGGUGGAAAAUCCAAAGAUGGGGGGUCUGUUCCAAAGAAGGGCAGUAGGUAUGUUCCGUCCUUCUUGCCACCAUCAUUUUCAAAAGAGCCUGAGAAGAAGAAGGAAGAGGAGAGGCCAAAGGAAAAAGGAAAGCCACGCGUAAUAGAUAAGUUCCUGGAGGAACUUAAGUUUGAGCAAGAGCAACGAGAAAAGCGUAAUCAGGACCGAGACCACCGGCGUGAUCGUCAUAGCGAUAGCUCCAUGCCCUCUAGCCGGUUUGAUGAACUACCAGAUGAAUUUGAUCCGACUGGAAGAUUUCCAGGAUCAUUUGAUGAUGGUGAUCCUCAAACCACAAACUUAUAUGUCGGCAAUCUAUCACCAAAGGUCGAUGAGAAUUUUCUUUUAAGGACCUUUGGUCGGUUUGGACCGAUUGCUAGUGUCAAGAUUAUGUGGCCUAGAACAGAAGAGGAACGCAGAAGGCAAAGAAAUUGUGGUUUUGUUGCCUUUAUGAAUAGAGCAGAUGGACAGGCAGCAAAGGAUGAAAUGCAAGGUGUUAUUGUGUAUGACUAUGAACUGAAGAUUGGAUGGGGUAAAUCUGUUGCUCUUCCAUCACAGGCGUUGCCUGCUCCUCCCCCAGGACACAUGGCAAUCAGAAAUAAAGAGGGUGGUUCAGUUAUACUUUCUGGUCCUGGCGGCCCUGCUAUUGCAUCUGUUACACCACAGACCUCAGAGCUGGUCCUUACACCAAAUGUUCCUGAUAUUGUGGUUGCUCCACCGGAUGAUGGACGUCUUCGGCACGUGAUUGACACAAUGGCUCUGCACGUACUUGAUGGUGGAUGUGCUUUUGAACAAGCUGUAAUGGAGAGAGGGCGAGGAAAUCCUUUAUUCGAUUUCUUGUUCGAUCUUAAAUCUAAAGAGCACACAUACUAUGUUUGGAGGCUAUACUCCUUUGCUCAGGGUGAUACUUUACAACGAUGGAGAACAGAACCAUACAUAAUGAUCACAGGAAGUGGAAGAUGGGUUCCACCUCCCUUGUCAUCCAACAGAAGCCCUGAACGUGAAAAGGAAUCUACAUUUGCUGCUGGUAGAAGCAGGCGUGUUGAAGUGGAGCGUACAUUGACUGACUCACAGCGUGAUGAAUUUGAGGACAUGCUACGUUCGUUGUCAUUGGAGAGGAGUCAAAUAAAAGAGGCCAUGGGAUUUGCCUUGGAUAAUGCUGAUGCAGCUGGGGAGAUUGUUGAGGUUCUUACAGAAUCCUUGACACUCAAGGAGACACCUAUUCCAACCAAGGUUGCUCGGCUUAUGCUAGUGUCCGACAUCCUUCACAACAGUAGUGCUCCUGUGAAGAAUGCAUCUGCAUUCCGAACAAAGUUCGAAGCUUCUCUGCCAGAUGUUAUGGAGAGCUUCAAUGACUUGUACCGCAGUAUCACUGGAAGGAUUACUGCUGAAGCUCUGAAGGAGAGGGUUAUGAAAGUUCUGCAAGUGUGGGCAGACUGGUUCUUGUUUUCUGAUGCAUUUCUGAAUGGACUGAGGGCUACUUUCCUUAGAUCAGGCAACUCAGGUGUUGUUCCAUUUCACUCGCUAUGCGGUGAUGCACCUGAAAUUGAAAAGAAAGGUAGCUCUGAGGAUGGAAAUGAUGGAUUUAAGCUUAAUGAAGAUGGUGCCUUGGCUACAGGAAAAGCAGCAGCAACAAAGGAGCUAUUAGGGCUUCCACUAGCUGAACUUGAGCGCCGUUGUAGACAUAAUGGCCUCUCACUAUCUGGUGGUAAAGAGAUGAUGGUUGCCAGGUUGCUUAACUUGGAAGAGGCUGAGAAGGAACGAGUAUAUGAGAAAGAUGUUGACAUGAAACAUGCGCAAGGGGAACAGCAUAAAAUUGGAAGAGAGGACAGCGGUUUUAAUGCCCGUAGUGCAUCAAGAUUUGGAGAAACUCCUAAUGGUGAUGAAUUAGAUGUCUCCCGGAACAGUAUGGGAGCUGGCAAUGGGCGCACUAGAGAGUCUGCUUCUGCUGAACUUGAAUCAUUUCCAAGCAAGAAGCCAAAAUAUGAUCCUGUUUUACCAGCUUCUAAAUGGAGUCGAGAGGAUGACAUUGACGAUGAUGAAGAUAGAAAAGGUGGUCGAGGCUUGGGAUUAAGCUAUUCAUCUGGAAGUGAUGCUGGUGAGCUAGGAAAUGCCGAUACAUCAGAAGUUAGUACUGAUCAUGCAAGUCAUCAUCAAGAAACGAUUGUUGAUGAAGAGCAUAGGCAGAAGUUAAGGCAGAUUGAGAUUUCUGUCAUGCAGUACCGUGAAUCUCUUGAAGAGCAGGGUUUGCGCAACAUGGAUGAGAUUGAGAAGAAGGUUGCCAGCCAUCGGAAGCGUCUUCAGUCCGAAUAUGGUUUAUCCACUUCAACUGUUGGUGCAAACAGCAAGCGGUCUUCUGAAAGAACAUCAUUGGAGCGGAAAGAGAAGCACGACGAUGCACAUGAUUAUGCUAGGAAGCGGCGUCGGAGCCAGAGUAGUAGCCGCAGCCCUCCAAGGAAGUCACAGGAGAGGGACCGAGAGCACAACCGCGGCAGAGAUCGAUCCCAUGGCAAUGAUGCCGGUAGGGACAGAGCACGUGAGAAAAGCACGAGCCGAGGGCGCGAUGACCACUACGACAGGAGCCGAGACAGGGAGAAGGACAGGAGAAAGGGAAGGUGACCGAUACCCGAAGUCCCUGUCACCAUUCAUCAUUUGCCUGAGAACAAGGACCCCGGAGCAAGGUAACAUUCGAGCUUACAUCAGUUAAACAUCUGCCGCGCCACGGCAGGUUUCCUGGCCUGCUCCGCGCCUUAGAGAACCUGUCUGCAAGCGGAGUUUUGAGGAUUAAGGUGAUGUUUUUGUAGACACGAUCUGUUUGUAAUAGGUAAUUUUGCGGAUAAGAUGAACCCGAUGUGCAGUUUAUGCCAAAGCCAAUGUUGAAUACACCAAGAAUUAUUUCAUUGGACAUCCGCGGGACCCUACCAGGUAGGGUUGUACGUGGAUCUUGCACA